AUGGCCGGCGGCGGCGGGGGCGGCAGUCCGCGCGGCUCCCCGGCCCCCGCGCGCGGCCUGGAGGCGGCCAAGGCGGCGGCCCACCUCAACGGCACGAUGGCGGGGAUGGUGACCCUGCAGAGUCUGCAGAACCUGGCGAGCCUCCAGGGACUGCCGCAGGUGGCGUCGCUGGCGGCCGGACUGCAGGGAGUGGCAGGCCUGGGCGCGCAGCUCGUCAACACCCCGCUCAACCUGAGCGCGUCUGCUGCCGUGAACCUGUCGAGCCAGGGAGCGACGGGCCACGGGGUGGCAGGCCUGAUGGGCGCGGGGCCCCCGCCCCAGCCGCAGCUGCUGGCGGCCCCGCAGCCCGCCGCCAUGCCGCAGUUCAUCCUGGCCUCGGGCCAGCUGGUGCAGGGCAUCCAGGGGGCCCAGCUGCUCAUCCCCACCUCGCAAGGGAUCGCCACGCAGACCAUCCUCACGAUCCCGGUGAACCACGUGACCAGCAGCCAGAUGGUGAACCUGGCGCUGAGCAACGGCCAGGUGGUGACCACCACGCUCGCCAACCUGCAGACGCUGGCCCAGCCGCACCACCUCCUGGCGCCCAGCGCGCCCGGCGCAGUGCCGUCCCCCGGCAUGGGCCACGGCUCGGCCGGCCUGCCCCCCCACCUGCUCGGCUCGGCCCAGCAGCAGCUGCUCGGCGCCAUGCAGCAGCCGCAGCUGGCCACGCCCCCCUGCCACCCGGCCCAGCCGCCCCCCCAGCGCCACCACCACCACAACCACAACCACAGCCACCACUACCCGGUGCACGAGAAGCUCCACUCGAACGGCCAGAUGAACGGCAGCGAGUCCCUGAGCGCCAUCGGGCGGCUGGCGGCGAGCAACGCUGACAUCACCAUCACGCCCAGCCACGCGGCCGCGCCGGGCCUGCAGAAGCCCUCCCCCGUGCUCGCCAGCAACGGCACGGCGCACCACCGCGCCAGCCCGCCCGUGGACUUCCUGGCCGACUCCCCCAACCAGCCGACCAUCAACCAGACCAGCAGCAACGUGGUGGACGGCAUUAACCUGGACGAGAUCAAGGAGUUCGCGAAGGCGUUCAAGCUGCGGCGCCUGUCGCUGGGGCUGACGCAGACGCAGGUGGGGCAGGCGCUCAGCAUCACCGAGGGCCCCGCCUACAGCCAGAGCGCCAUCUGCAGUGCCCUGGCUACUCAGAUGUACUGUGCAGCGCAGAUCGCGUCACAGCAUCAGAAUAUGUUUGAAAAACUCGAUAUCACGCCUAAAAGUGCUCAGAAGAUAAAACCUGUCCUUGAGAUGUGGAUGAAAGAAGCUGAAGAGAGAUACAAGAGCGGCCAGAACCACCUGACGGAGUUCAUCGGCGUGGAGCCGUCCAAGAAGCGCAAGCGCCGGACGUCCUUCACCCCGCAGGCCCUGGAGCUGCUCAACGCCCACUUCGAGCGCAACACGCACCCCUCAGGCACAGAAAUCACGGCCCUGGCCCAUCAACUUGGCUACGAACGAGAGGUCAUCAGAAUAUGGUUUUGCAACAAACGUCAAGCCUUAAAAAACACGGUGCGAAUGAUGUCAAAGGGAGUGGGGGUAGCCUAAGUAGGAGUUUUAUUCGAAGAAAUAAGUGCCAUAAAGUAGUUGCGCUGUCGUGCUGGAAGAAGUUUGAGUGUUGGUGCAUAUUUCUAACAUGCUGUGUGUGCGGAAAAAUAACAGAGCCAAGUCGAAACCACUGUGUUAAUGUACUCUCAGUAAGGAAGAGUGAAGUGAAAUUUCCAUUGUGUGUAUUAUAAUGAACAGUUACCUAAGAAAACUAUUAUGUCUUUCAAAUUCAACAGUUUUUAAUAAUUUUUAUAUUUAGGGAAAAUGUUACGUUGCAGAUGACAUGCGUAUAACUUUAUCAUGAUAAUGGCACCAAAGAGAAUAUCUGCUUACUUCUGGAACUUGACAAUUUCUUUGCGGUUAUUUUAUCUGGUAAAGUUAUGAUCCAUGCUAGAAGAUAAUUAUUCUGUCCUAACAGUAUAAUUUAUUUGUUUAUUGGUGUGAUUUGUUAUUUCUCUGCUAUUAAUUUUGUCACAAAAUCACAAUUUUGUUUUUUCAGUAGCGGACAGUGACAGUAUGAAGAUUUUUAACUCACCUUCGUAUGUGCUUUGAGAAUAAUAUGUGAAACUCAGAAAUUUAUGUCUUUUGUUGCUCCUAUGUUCAGGAAUAAAACAGUUGUUCUCAA